AUGGCUACUUUGAACUUCACGCCUGUUUACAACGACGGAGAGGUCUUUUCUAUCGCUGGCCAAGCCAGGAAGUUGACGACUAAGGAGGAUAUCCAGUUUAUUUUGGACGAUUUGUCAUCGCUGGAAAAAGUCUCGAAACUGGAUGUCUCUGGCAAUACCAUUGGCAUCGAAGCCUCGCAAGCGCUUGCUCGCUUCAUAAAGGAAAACGACCAUGUCAAAGAUAAUCUUAAGGAAGUCAACUUUGCCGACCUCUACACUUCGAGGUUGGUCGACGAGGUUGUGGAGUCCUUGAUUUCGUUGGUUCCGGUGUUUUUAGCAUGUCCGCAGUUGGAAAUCAUCAAUUUGUCCGAUAAUGCGUUUGGUUUGAGAACGAUCGACCAACUGGAAGAACUGAUCUCGAAUGCAAUCAAUUUGAAACAUUUGAUUCUGAGCAAUAACGGCAUGGGCCCCUUAGCGGGUGAAAGAAUCGGUAAGGCUCUAUUCAACUUGGCUCAAAACAAAAAGAAAAACAACAAGUCAUUAUUGGAAACCUUUAUCUGUGGCAGAAACAGAUUGGAGAACGGUUCUGCCUUGUUUCUGGCAAUUGGUUUGAAAAGCCAUGCAAGCGAUUUGAAAGUUGUUAAGUUAUAUCAAAAUGGUAUUAGACCAAAGGGUGUCGCCACUCUGAUCCACUACGGUUUGAAAUAUAAUGAAAAUUUGGAAAUCUUCGAUUUGCAAGACAACACUUUCACUGCAACAGCGUCUACGAUCUUAGCUCAAGUCCUACCAACCUGGAAACACUCGUUGGUAGAACUAAACUUGAACGACUGUUUGUUGAAGACCGAAGGUUCGCAUAGUGUCUUUGAAGUUUUCCAAAACCAUGUAUUUGAAAAAUUGACUACUUUAAAAUUUGAAUACAAUGAAAUGGGUCAAUCUACUUUGGAAGAUGUUUUCAUUCCGAUUUUACAAAAGGGUGAAAACCUGCCAAAAUUAAAAAUCUUGAAAAUUAAUGGUAACAGAUUCGAAGAAGAUUCAGAGCCAUUAGAUCUGUUGCAAGAAUUCUUUGACGACGAGUUGGAAUUAGAUGACCUCGAAGAAGUGGAUAGUGAAGAAGAGAGUGAAGACGAGGAAGCGGGCAACGAAGAGAUUAUGGAAGAGCACGAUAUUGCUGCAUUGGAAUCUGAACUAUUAGCAUUGGAAAUUGAAGAUUUGACCAAAGAAUUGAAAGACACACAUUUAUAG